GGCCAUAUUCAUAUUGUGUGGAGGAAGGUGUACAUGUUGUGAGCGAAAUGCAUAUAGGCUUUAAGUCUAUUUAUGCCAAAUGAUUACCCAUUUUCAUUCCAAAUGAACUUUUUGGUAGUUUGGGCAAUAAUGCUUCCAAAGGAAUCGAUGUAACAUGAAAAACUCGACACUGUAGCUGUACCUUGCAACGAGCUGUCAAAUCUGUCAUCCCUGAUAAGUUAUACCCCGUUAUCCUGAUCUGACAAGUAUCCAAAUCUUCCAGUGCUGCCGGUGCCAUUUGCUGCCAGUGCUGCACAAAGCAGUAUAUAUCGACAAUGUAUCGUGCAUUGUAUGAUUUCAGUGCACAGCAGAAAGGUUGUUUGUCUUUCAAAUCUGGCGACUUAUUUACAGUAGUAGGGGAUUCAUCUGGCGACUGGAUAAAAGUAGAAAAUGGAAAGGGACACAUUGGGCUAGUUCCAUACAACUAUGUUGCACGAGUGGUGGCUCAAGGGAACGGGGUGGUUGAUGAUGUCUUGAAGUCAAUUGAUCGAGCAAUAGAAGGUAUUCAUAAUGCAGCUGCACAAACUGGGACAUAUACCAAGGAACAGAGGAAGAAUCUAGAGGCACUAGUUGAACAUAGGCAGAAAGUCUCUGUAGAACAAACUGCUGUAAGAUCAGGGCAAACCACUCCUGUGUCACCUCCUAGUGAUGUGCCACCUCAGCCAAAGAGACAUGCCCCAACCCUGAAUUCACCUAUUAGCUCUGACCAACAGCUCAGCCAUAAAGAAGAGAUGGCAGAGAAGAGGCGAUCCUUUCCAAGGCGAGAAGCACCUGCUCCUCCUCCUAGAACAACUUCUCAGCUGCAAACACCUCAGGAACCUGAGGCACCAACGCUGAUGAUGGACACACCCGAGGAUGUAACAUCAGAUCCACUCCAGUCCGACAUACCAGAGGAUAUGGUAGUUGUUCAAAGACCUGUCACAGUGAGUGCACAAAAGCUUUCAGCAGUCUCUCAGUCUGAGACUUCUACCUGUGCCCUCCAGGAAAGACAUGUCCCAGAAGCUGAGGUGCAUGACUUAGGUAGACCAGUGUUUGAUACAGACUUUCCCAGCCCUCCUGAGGACAUAUCCACGGACUUUCCUCAUCCCCCAGAUUUCUUGUCCGACGCUAGCGUACCAGGAAGUUUGCCAGAAGACACUAUGCCAGUACACAUCUAUACAGGAGACAGUUGCACUACAGCAGUACAUGCACAGCCUGCUGUGAAUGCCAUGAGUAGUCAGACAGAAUCAGGUGAUGCUCAUGUCCCUUUAAGCCUGGGGCAUGACCUGCUUGAGGAUGUCCGUCGGAACACAGGUGUUAGUUACGACAAAACCAUAGUUGCUGUGGAGACUGUGGUGAAACUGAUCAGCUUCCAUGUGCCAAGCACAAAACACAUCAUGGAGAAGGUGUCACAAGUUAUAUACCAGGUUCAGGAGGGUGAUGUGGUGCUGGCAGGUUGCCAUGACGCUGAGAGACUGCAGAUCCUCUUUUCAGAACUCCGUGACUGCAAGGAUGACUCACAGCAGCGCAGCUGGGCUUUGUACGAAGAUGAAAGCAUCAUACUUCACCAUCUGCAGGAAAUGAUCUCCAUCUUGGAAAAUGCCAACCCAAAAUUAUGUAGGAAGUGUAUCUCAGCUGAUAGUUAUGAACCCAUCCACACCCUUGUGCAGUAUUACCAAAUGGAGACCAGAUCUAGUAUUAGACUUACAAUGCUAAAAGGAUUUGCAGUGUUGUGUAAUUUGGAUUCCCAAGCGGUCACUGCUCUUUUAUAUUCUGUGUUACCACUGGAGUUGUGUAGGGAUCUACAGAGCAAUAUCACUGAUGCAGAGAGGACAUGUGCCUCAGCAAGAGUGUUGACAAUGAUCCUUUCUAUGGGGGAAGAUAUACCAGUCCACCAUUAUGUUCAUCUGAACAAAGAUUUUGUUUCCUUCCUGCUGGAUUAUAUUGAGGCACCUCCUGCUAAGGACACAUUGGAGGAAAUCCCUAAUUAUUUCGUGAACUUGAUCUUGGCGUUUAACCUUCACUUUUGUGAUUUGCAAAAAAACUCUGUGAUGGUUGUUCUCGGGGAGCGUGGAACAGCUACAGUGUUUACGGAAAAACUCAUGUUACUGGUCAAUAGAGGAGAUGACCCUGUACGAAUGCUACCUCACCAUCCUAAGCCGGCAAACGCUCUCCUCAAAUUCCUAAUGGAUAUGUAUGGUUCCCCGGUGACCUCUGACCUGUUGUACACAAAUGAUGCAAUGGUUCUGAUUGACAUCAUCAUUCGAGAGCUGGCUGACCUUCCAGCAGGCGAUCAGGCUCGAACAGAAAACCUGAGGCUGGUACGUUUGAUUCUGACAAACUCACCUUACAGAGAAAGAAAGUAUCGACUUGACGAUUUACGGCAAUGCCUGUUGAACAUCGUUAAGGAAGAAGAAGUACCUGACUGUGACGCAAAUGAGGUUCAGAAGAUUUUCCGGAGUCUCCCUUACCUCUUUCCGUCAUGCUGCUAAUGCCCAGGUACAAGGAGCUCUCGGAAAAGUUCUUCCCAUUCCACUAGUCAAUAUCUAGGCCUUGUUCAGAGAAAAAAAACGCUAUCACACUUUGUCCUGUGUAUAAACCUGUGAGAUGGGCUUCCAUGUCAAAUGCAGUCUGUAUAUAUAAGGAUUUAUGUUAACAUUACUACUGCCUAUAAUUAGAAGUGUUUUUCUGUUGUUUUUUCGUUUCAUGCCACUUGCUUCUUGCUUUGGUAUGGUUUCUUCAUAAUAUUCUCCGCAAUGAUAACGUCUUUCACUGGUGUCAGAGAUGCAAUAUUUAUUUAUCUAAGAAUAUUGUUUGUAUAGUGCUUAUGACUGAUACAUUGUUAUAAACAUUUGUGUUACUUGUAAUGUUCCAUUCCAUUGUUGUCUAAUUUGUCAAGUACGUUUUUUUGAUCAUGAGGGAAUUCUUCAUACUCAUGGCAGAGCCGAAAGGAAAAUAUCAAUAUCUGCCAGGAGUGCUUGACGAUCACUUGAUGUACGUCUUAAGCUGAAACAGGUAAUAAGAUAAUGAUAAAUAAAACUCCUUUAAUAAUCAGUUAUUUUUAAUUUUUUCAAUUUUACAUACUAUUACAUGUAUUUAGACAGAAGCUGGUGUUAUAAACACGAAAAAGCUGCAUAAUAUGAUUGCAUGAUAUUAUACUAAACAAUCAUAACUGGUAGCUAGGUCUUUCCAAUUGAAUUUAAAGCUAGGUCUUUCUGAUUGCAGUUCUAUAACUUCGUGUAGAACUGGGAGUUUCUCCUAGGAAAAUUAAAAUAUGAAAAACGAAGUUGGCCGAAGUCUUUGGCAGGUAUGCUAAUAUAAACAGUUGAGUAUGUCUAGACAUAGAUCCUGUUGGAUACUGUACCCCUCCUCCCCUACCCCCUUUACUAUUACAGAACUGUAUGUCAGCUGUAUGUCAUGGUUUUCUUGAUAAUUCCGGUGUUUUCUUAAUUUACCAGUAAAAAAUGUGACAGUAAUAAUGAAGUGAGAAUACCAUAUAAUAUAUACAUGUAUAUUUAAGAAAAUUGUCUGAUAGAUGUUUUCUUCCUUGAAAGUUUGUGAUAUACAAUGUCUAUUUCUGUUAGGCAUUCUGAAUAGAUUGUACAUUUCACUAGCAUAUACCAUAGUACAACAGUUUGAUAUGCCAUUGGUGAUAUUAUUGUCUAUUUACCUUUCUUACUGCCAUUCCAGUUUAUGAGCUCGGUGUACUGUAGUCAGAAUUUCUAUGCUACACUGUUAUAUAUUUAUUCCUCAUUUUUAUUUCUGGUCAGUUGUGUCUGGCAUAAUAUUUCAGUUUCAAAUAGCUAAAAAUAGCCAGCAGUACACCAUUUUGAGUAGAAUUCUGCUUGUCAGUGAAUUGAAUCUGCUGUGCUGUAGAUGCUUGAUGAAGCUUAUUUGUGGAAAGGUGUAGUGCUUACAUUUCAUUGCUUGUCUGUACUUAAGGGGAGCCGUUUUGUAAAGCAGUCAUAACUUGCAUCUGGUGAAGCGUCUAUGGCAAAGUAUGGCACCUGGCCUUGAUAAAUGCACUUGGCCUAACAUUGUGACAUCUUUGUGAACAGGCACCUGGAUUGCAUGCUGAUUUUUUGAUAGCCAUCUUAACUCUUUUACGUAUAGAUAGGCUUCGUACAGCAUUGCUUGUGCUCCUGUAAGUCAAAUAAAAAGUAAUUCCUAAAACUUGAACUUUCAUGUUUUCAGUGUUUCUGUCACACAUUAUGUACUGUCACAGCUAAAAAUAAUGUACUUGUGUAUG